UCGAUUGGGGUUUGGCCGUUUGGGGAGGCUCCUUCUUUCCUUCUUCCUAGUCUCAUUCCUGUAAAUAAAUCCUUGAGACAGAGACGUUGAGCAUGACUCUCCAUCUGGGCGUACAAUAGGUGAGUUUCCGCAGAAGCAUUAAUUUCGUCAGCUCUUAUUCGGCGACUGGUAUUCCACUCAACUGGUUUUCAAGGGAAGCAUAGCAUAAUUCCAUGCUGUCCCCAAAUUUUCCCUGAAGAGUCUGAAUUCUCUCUCAUUCCAAACACUACCAAAAACCAAUUCUCCUGCCAUGAGCUGCAAUAGUUGUCGUGAGGGUUCUAUAGUCCGCGACGACGUAACUGGGUGCUUAGUUUGCUCAUGGUGCGGCGCCGCCCAGGGAUUCGACAACUACGAUGCCCAAAUCGGCGGCUUAAACGGUCCACAAGGCACCUUCGUUCGCCUUGGCACUUCAGGUACUGGCAGCACCCUUAAUUACAAAGAAAAGAAAAUUUUCGAAGCCAAUAAACUCAUUGAUGAUUUUACCUUUAGACUUGAUUUGAAUGCUGCUGACUGUACGAAGAUCAGAACCAUGAUCGAGAAAAUCACCGAGGGUGAAUUCGGUCAAGGCGAUUGGUUUCCGGUACUAAUUGGUGCUUGUGCUUAUGUAACUAUGAGAAAAGAUAACAGUUCAAUGUCUAUGGCGGAGAUAGCGUCCGUGAUUGGAUGCGAUGUCCAUGAACUUGGUAGGAUGAUUGCGCGUGUGGUCGACUUUUUGAAUUUGAAGAUGCCUGCAUUUGAUAUUGUGAAUUCAUUCAAAAGAGCAUUUAGAAACUUAUCUAGCUUCAAUGAUAUUGCCAGGGAUAAAUUGGAUAUGAUGCUGAAGCAGGGGAUAUUUUUGAUACAAUGUGCAGUCAAGUGGUUUUUGACCACAGGGCGGAGACCACUUCCGUUGGUGGCUGCAGUGCUUGUGUUUCUGGCUGAGGUGAAUGGGAUUGAGGGUGUAAAGAUUGAGUCCGUGGCUAGGGAGGUUCACGCUGCAGUUAAUACGUGUAGGAAGCGGUAUAAGGAGCUCUUGGAGGCUCUUGUGAAGGUUGCGCAGGCAUUGCCAUGGGGGAAGGAUGUGACAACCAAGAAUGCUGUUAAGAAUGCUCAGUUUAUUAUUCACCAUAUGGAGUUGAAGUCAAUGGAGAAGCCUGUUGAGAAGAGCUGGAAUGACGUGAAUGGUGCAGGAUUUGAUUUGGAAGAUGUGGUCAAUGACUGUUUGAGGAAGGAUGUUGAGUAUGGGGCCGAUGUGAACUACAAAGAAAAUGAUACACGGUAUUUUGAGUUGGAAGAUAGAAGUGGCUCUUCAAGAUCGAGUGAUGGUGAUGUGGACACACUUAAAAUUUCACAUGAGUGCUUGUCCAUGCUUUAUGAGAAGUUUUCGGAUGAAGCACGUUGUGGCAAGUCCAUUGGAGAGAGUAGAAAGGCUAAUGAGAGAAAAAGGAGGAGGAGGAGGUUUGAACUACUUACAUGCUGGGACUGGUGGAAUGGGAAGUCAGAAUUGAGCAAGAAACUUUUACUUAAACAAAUCUUGGAGAAAGAUGUAGGAAUGAAUGCUUUACCUCCAUCUUUUGUACAAGGUUGCAUUGCACUUGAGAGGAGGAGAGAAAAAAUAAAGGCUGCAAAAAAACGCAUUAAUAGGAUUAUGAAUCUAGCAGAUGCUGAUGCAAGUGAAACUUCCAAUUUCAACUUCCUUGGGAAGAAGAAAAGGAAGAAACAAGUUAGUGAAUUUGAUUGGGAAGAUUUUGUCAUUGAGACCCUUCUGCUUCAUCAGGUGGGAGUUGAGGAAAUUGAGAAAGGGCACUACAAUACCUUGCUGGACUUGCAUGUCUUCAAUUCAGUAGCAGCAGUUCCACGUAGGGCGCGAUAAUUAUUUGUAUAUGUGCCUUGGUAUCUACAAGAUCAAUUUUCAAGCUAAUAGCAUGACUUCAUAUAUAUUUUCCCUUUCAGAAACUUCUACUGUGAGAUGUGUGCAAUUUGUGAUAAUUUUUAUUACGGAACUUUAGAAGUUAUAUGAGUAUAGGUUCUUACUCUA